UUGAAUAGUAUUUAGAUAUUGAUUUUACACAUCUUUGGCUGAGCGCAAGAUCUAACGUGUGUCUUCUUGUCGGAGCGGUUAUAUCACUAAACAAGAUUCCUAAACAAAAAUCAACAUGCUUUUAGUUUUAUAAGAUAAAUCCUCCCCUAGCUUCUGAAGCUGAGCUUAUCUGGAAGAUUUAAUUGUAUUUGUAAGCUUUGGCCAGCUCUAUGGUUGCAGCAGAUAUCAUUGGAGGCAACUAACUCUCAAAACUGAAUUGAAUGUGGCUUCAUCCCCGUAUCCAAGGUAACUGUAGCAAGCUACCAUGGAAACAGGAUGCCUAGCAGGAAAGGGGGCACAGCUGGCGAUAGUGAAUGCGUGCAUGUGGGCCACAGCUCUCUGUGACUAGCUGUAACACAGGCCAGUGUUGUUGACUGUCCAAUACCUCGGAUGCUCCGCUUGACAGUCCCAGUAUGCUUCAGUGACUACUGUUUAUGUCUUGUCGCCAUCUUUAUCAACCAGAGGAUGUGAUUUUCGUAGAAAUUCAUCUUUCAAAAACUGCUGUGGAUCGAGUUAUACCGACUGGCUCAAGCUGGUUUGAAACUUAGCUGCGUGCAACCAUGGCACCGAAUCGGACGCUGAGCGAGAACGAGACUGACGCCUCGAUGAGACUCCGCCUCGUGACCAGUCUCAGCCAGAGUUUCCCAGGUAGCGCCCUCUCUAAAGCCAUGAAAUGUCUGUCCGAUUCUGAAGACGACAUGAAGCUCGAACCGCUCAGCAGCAGUUGUUUCGCCGAGCUGCGCAUGGAGAAGCUGGACGUCGAAGAAGAUGACGAACUGACCAGCCUGUCCUGGCUGCAGGACACAGACUUGUUAAAAAACAUGGCUCCCGGAGCCGAUGACGAUAUGUCCAGUGAAGAAGGACAAAAAGAAAAUGACGAUUUGAAACUAAACGGAGCACCUUACCCACAGACUCACCCUCCCCAUGUGCCAUAUAAUCCUCAGAAACAUAUAAACAACAAGCCACCGUAUUCUUUCAGCUGUUUAAUAUUCAUGGCGAUUGAGGAUUCGCCCAUCAAGAGACUUCCAGUGAAGGAUAUAUACAACUGGAUACUCACUCACUUCCCGUACUUCCAGAAUGCACCCACGGGUUGGAAGAAUUCUGUGCGGCACAAUCUUUCACUCAAUAAAUGCUUUAAGAAAGUUGAGAAGGAUAAAGGAUCGAGUAUUGGCAAGGGUUCAUUAUGGUGUAUUGACCCUGACUACAGACCGAACCUGUUGCAGGCGUUACGUAAGACACCAUACCACCCGUAUCAUCAGCUCCAGAUGAUGUCAUCACCCCAACCCUCCAUGAUGCAAUUCUCAGUGCUUCCAGGAUACGGAUACCGUGGUUACAAGCCUGUACCUUUAUCACCACGGUCUGUACCCAACACAAUAUCACCUCAUUUGUUUCCCUUUCUCAGCAAACGAUUGGCUCAAACGGCUUGUGACAUUGAUUCUGAAAUUCAAGAUGUUGCUGCAACACUGGUGUCAUUGAAAGGAUUCAGCAGUAGAAAUUCCUCUGGUCUCUCUUCUGAUGGCUCUGAAAAUAACUCUCCAAACUGGAAAAUGACCAGACGGAAAUAUAGACGACCAUCAGGUCCAAUCAUCUGCACUGAAAAUCCCAGCGCAGAUCACACGUACAGUGUAACAGUGAUUGCAAAUGAGGAUGAUUACCCAGCAUCCCCUGCAUCUUCCAUAGACGAAGAAUACGACUUUGGUUCGGAGGAUGACCAGUGUGAAAGUGAUUACCAGACAGAUUUUGACUAUGGCAGUGACUGUGGCCGUGACGAAGUAGACGGGUCAGUGCCCACUAACCCACGCAAACGAUUCCGGGAAAACAAAAUGGCUGUCGACGAGGACGAGCAGCAGAAGAUAGUGGAGGGAGCAGACGCGCUGUUAAAUUUGGCGGGAAUAUUAACACAGAGACAUAGGAAAAACACGAGCCAGGCAAAUGGGUCGGAAAAUUCACAGACUGAAAACAAAGUAGUGAAGCAGGAACCUGAUUCAGGUUCCUAGUGGAUAUGCAAUGUGUUUUUACCUUUUUUAAAAAACAAACUGCCAUAUGAGAUUUCAGGGUGCUACAUCGUGCUUCGUCGACUACUCCUACUACAGCAGGUGUAUGUAUGUUUCAAUUCCAGGAAGAAGACUUGCAGAGUCUUCACUGUAUUUUAUACAAUCUGUUGUUAUUGCUGCAAUAUUUCAUAUUUAACAUUUUCUCGUAUUUUAUCACAUCAUUAAAAACAAGCAAGAAUAUUACCUUUUGGAAUAUUUAAUUGUUAAUUUUUUAGUUUUCUUCUUCUCUUUUUUUUUUCUUCUUUUGUUUUAAAGCAUUGUUUUAUUCAGUCAUCUUUGUGGAAAGUUCAUCCAUUAGGUUUUUGUGCAAUUUCAGUUGAAAUGCAAUGAUAGACUUGUUAUAGAUCACUACCGUUUCUGUUAUUUUAAGGUGCUCAAAACUGUCUCUUGGAGACUUGUCAGUAUAUAAUUGUGCAAUUUAUGUACUUAUCUUAUUUGGCAUUUGUAAGUGUUCAAGUCAUUGUUAGAGUAGACAUGAAGGUUUUUAAAAAUAAUUUUAAAACAUCCAGUCACUGUGUUUUACAUGCCAGGAUAUCAGAACUUGUGUGAAUUCAGACCAAAAGUUUUAGUAUAUAAUUAGUUCCUGGGUAUGUAAUAUAUAUGUUAUGUUACGUGAUGAUACUGAAACUAUGGGAAGUCAUAUUCUCAGAUGUUCAGGUACUGGUACUUGUCUAGUAACUGAUUCAUGGAUUUUAAAUAUUGACUUGUGUUGUCAGUACUGCUUCUUUAAGAGCUGUUUCAGAAUUGAUCACAAGGGUGUGUGUAGAAUGCCUUUUUUCAUAUAUUCCCCCCCCCCACCCCCAAUGAUGAAAACAUAAUGUAGCAGAGCCACCAGCCAUAAACUGAUAAGUAUGGUGUCUGCCCCACCUCAAGAUCAAUUUAGGAACAGCCCUUAAUAAGCUUUUAGUAAGCUUUAACAUUGACACAGACGGUAAAAAUGUCUUCCAUUUAUUUUGAGCUUGCACCCAAUAGUUGGUUAAAAUAACCAAUGAAUGGUAGCAGGUAAAAACAGUAAUGGACCACACAUACCAAGACAUCCAGGCCUCUGAAGAUUGCGAGAACGGUUGUUUCGUUUGCAUGUUGCUCGUGUAAAUUUAAUUUUACGUAACCCUAUUUUUUGUUAAUGCAAAAUUUGGAGCACCAUUUAAUUAGAUAUAAUGGGAAACGCAAAAAGGAAAUGAGUUCCCUGGAUUUAUUUCUGCAUAACCGAUAAAUGGGUCAAUUCUCAGGGGCCUGAUAAACCUCCCAACAACAUCUUGAGUGUCAGAAUUCUGCAAAACAGAAUUUGUAUGGUUUUGGUCUAGGAAGUUGUGAUGUCACUGCACAACCUUCUCCAAAUAUCUAAUUUAUUUUAAUUAUUUAAUAAGCAAGACCCCAGUCAUACAGGCUCUGAAGUUUAUUACUGUUACUGUUACUGUUAGUGAAACUGUCUAUUUUUUAAAAUUAUGUUUGCAGUUUGUCAAUGCUAGUUAAACCCAUUUUAAUUUGUUUUGGAUAUAUUGCUUUUAUCUAUGAAUAUUUGCUACAGUGAAUGUUCUCAAUAGCUGUACUGAGUGUUCUGUGUUUGUAGUCCUUGACUAAACCCUAAAACAACACGGUGAGUGGCUUCCUCAUUCAAAUGUUUGGUUCUUGUCUUAUAAGAGAAAACAUUGUUUUUAUAACACGUUUUGAAGUAAAGGUUUAUUUACAGAUUUACAUUCAUGUCAGGCCUCUAAGAAUUGAAAACUAGCACCAAUCAUCUAUAGGUUAGGCUAAAAACAUUAAGUAACCCAUUUCAGUUUACAUAACUUGUUACAACUAUGUAAAUGAUAAUUCUAAAUUUAAUGAACUAACAAAAACUGGGUUAUACAAAACUACAAACUUUAAAAGACGGACAAACAAUACAAUCAUUUGUGCAGAGGCCUGCAUUCAACAUUAAUAAAUAUAGGAAGAAAGUUGAGAGGUUGGUGUACCCAUACCGUUUACUCUGAAACCGUUUUAAACUGAUAUCAUUAAUUGUCAUCAUUAAUAUAAAAUGUUGUUAGAUGAUUGGUUAGUUCAUUUGAAUUUUUGAAUAUUGUCCAAUAUGAUUGGACAGAUAUGAGACAAAUUUAAAUCCAGUGCCUGUUUGUUUGGGAGUCUUGUUAAGUUAGAUUAUUUUUGAUGUGCAGCAGAUUUACAGUGGAGAUUCAGUAUUUAGUGCGCAGAGGGUGGAAAUUGUCCUCCUAAAGGUGGCCAUGACUUUAAGACUCUCCUUUCUGUAACAUUUCUCUGUGCAUCAAAGCAUGUCGGAAUAGUCCAUUUCAGCUUUUAUUUUGUCAAUAUUUUAUAUAUGUAUGAUUAUUUAAUAGAGUUUAGCCAGAUAACAUUUCAUCAUCGUUUUCAUAUUGUUAUUGCUUGUUAAUGAAAUAUUGUUCAGUGGUGAGAAAGGCACAUUUUACAUACCAGAGAAUCAUUUUUUUAUUUUUUUUAUAUAUUUUUUUUAAUCAUUAUUAUUUUUACUUUUAAUAUUAAAAAAAAGAAAGAAAAAAAGUCCCAUCAAGCAGUGUUACUGGGACACAAGUACUAAGUCUUACAUGAUUUUUUGUUUUAGUUGAUACACCAUGAAACAAUUCAAAUAGAUAUAUUUUUAAAAUGCUAGUAUUUGGAAAUUGAAAGCAAGAUUUGAUAAAUAGAUUUAACAAGCUUAAUAAUUAGAUAUAAUGUAAGAAUUAUUCUGUUACACAAUAUUGUUAAUAAAUAUUUUACUGUGAAGAUAGUCUGAUGUUAUCUCCCUUAGUUAAUUUGUUUGCUAGAUUGUACUAGGAAAUUACAAUACAAUUUCAGGAAAAUUACCGGUAUUAGCUGUUAACAUGAGUUUGCAUUGCCAUUGGUAAAUUUUUGCAUAUUUAUAAAACAAAAGAUUUGACACAAUAAAUUAAUAAUUUUAAUUAAUUCUCAAAUGACGAAAAACCAAAUCAUGGUUUUUUAGGUGCAGUUUUAUUGCAUAUUGUCAGAUUAAAUUAUUACUACCUAUUUUUUUACCCCCUCUAAGAGAUAGUAAUUAAUAUUUAUUUGUGCAUUUUGUCUUUCUCACUGAUGAAGUAAUAUCUCAUAUUUUUUAUAUUUAUCAUGGAGAAGGGUGUAUAUUUCAUUUUUUAUGGGAAGGUGCAUUUUAUUGUUACCCAUUAAGCCUAGACCAGAUAUUUGUUGUGUAUACAUACUGUAUAUGUUCAGAGAAUUAUAUUUUACUUUACUAUAUAAUUUCCUAUAUAUGUAUAUAUACAUGUAUAUAUUCCGGAAUUGGGGAAAGUAGUGUGUAGAUACGUAGCAGUAAUUUAGAGCAUUGUUUCACUAUUUAUUGAAACAUUUAUUAGUACAUAUAAUAGAAUUAAAUCUCGCUAUUUCAGAUCAACUUAUGAUAUACACAUGUAUUUGAUAAGAAAAUUUAGAUCAUCCAAAACCAUAUGUUUAUUAAUUCCUCAUCUUACAUAGACACUUGACCCAUUUUACAAGUUUUCAUUUAGCCAACUGACAAAUAAUCUGUAUUGAACUAUUGAUUAAUUUUUACAUGAAUAUUAAAAUAAAUCACACAUUCAAUAAAAUAGUUGAAAGUAAGAUUUAAAAAUGGUUUUCCUCAUUUAGUAAACACUGUUGCCAAAUACAAAUUAACAUAUUUAAAAUAUUUUAUGUAAAUUCAUUUACAUUCAACAACCUUUGGUUAGAUUUUUUUUUUGCAAAUUUUAGCUUGGAAUCGGCUACAGUUGUUUGACAUUUCUAAGAAAAAGUAACAAGACAAUACAGGUGUUUCAUGUAAAUAUAAUGUACAUGAAAAUAUAUAAAUGGUUUUCAAGUUUUGACAUUUGAAGAAAAGCUAGGUGUUGCAUACAUAACCAUUCUCUUCAUUAACAAAAUGUGAACAGAAUAUGAAGAUAAUUUAUUGUGCAACUUGAUUUGUACUGUACAAUUCUUGUAUUAACCUCUAGCUAGAUGUAAAUAAAGUAUUAACUCCACACAUUGGAUGAUCAAGUGCUCAGUGUGUAAAUAUAUGUGAUUAAUGCUGCUUCCAUGAACACCCAUCUUGAACGUGCACUGCAUUUCGUACAAAACUAAUUUUAAUGACACUGAAAUUCAACUAGGCCAGUCUUUUGGGGAACGGUAAAACUUAAAUAAUAAUGUUUUUGAUCAUCAUAUGACUUAUAACUAAUAUAAGUUCCUAUGGAGAGACCUAGCUGAAUGAAAAACUUGAUUAUUUUACUUUUUCAUUGAUUAGAAUAUAAAAAUUAUAAAGAGGCAUACAACACAGCCUUUUGACAUUGCUGAUAAUGAUGGUGUACAUUUUGCUAAACUUCUGGAAGAUCUUCAACUGGUGAUUCCUCAGAGGUGCACUUGAAAAGAACACAGCUACACUUAAAUUUAUCGCAUCUUUUAUUUUUGAACAAUGUAAUGCCAUGCAAUUCUAGUUGAAAACCUGGGCCUGUGCUUAUAAAACUUUCCAAAUCCAAGAUUUCAUCGGUCUCCAGACUUCUAACUACAAUGAUGUGUGUAUGAGUAAGACUUUUAAUAUUAAAGCCUUAAGUUAGAAGUUUAUAUUUUCAUAAUAACAGAGUUUGGGCCUGUGUUUUCGAAGCUAUCUUAGCACUACAAUAUAGUAAAACCAUCGCAGGCUAUGACGUGUGUCAUAAUGACAUCAUAGCCUACAACAGUUUUAUGAUAUCGUUGCAUUAAGACGGCUAUGAAAAUCUACAGCCUGGACAGGAAAUGGACCAGUGAAGAGAAAUAGUGUUGUGUGAACUGCAGUGCAUGUUUAGGACUGGGCAAAUGUCUGUAUAUACUGUGAUCUGUAUGUGCCAAGAUCUCGGAUAUUUCGACAGGCAUCGUUGCCGCCACUGUGUGACGAGAUAUCACUUCCACAUGAUGAUUGUUUUAGGUAACAUUUAAACAAAAUAUCUUUGUCUUCCACUGCUUAAGCAGCUAUGACUGUAUUUACGUGUUUUCACCACUUGGUCGAAGCCAUAUUUUCGUAUAUAUAGAGCUCCGUGUAUAUACUCUGGGCGUGUACAUGCCAAGUCUUGUAUUUUGAAAACGUGUCUUGUUUGUGGUUUUCAGCCAUGGCAGUUUACAUUGGGGCAUUAAAUAGUGUUCAUUAUUAUGGACUUGAAAUUUGUUUUGAAAACUGUCCAGUUUGUAGUUUUCAGCCAUGGUAGUUCUCAUUGGGGUGCUGAAUAGUGUUCAUUAUUAUGAACUGUUAAAAUGGUGAAAGGUCUCUAGUUAUGCCCUUGCGGGUGAUCUUGAUGCCAGUAACAUGUGCUAUAUUCUAGCAUGCAAGUUAUUUAUAUUUAAAUAUCCUCAUUCUGGAUAAUCAACUAAAAGAACUGCUAGAGUUUAUUUGAACUCUCCCCUUAAUCCAGUACACGCUUGACUGUAUGACUAAAAAAAAAAAACGUUUGCUGAAAUCUAUCAAAAUACAAGGCUUGAUCUUUGUAGGAUUAGUUAAAAAUUCGUACACAGUAGGUUUAAUAUUUUUCGCAGAAUAGAAUCAGGUAAUAGAAAUUAUUUCAGUGUUUUUUUUACAGCCUGUUGUGGAUGUUUUGUUCUCCUAGAUCCACUGUUACGAUGUACUUGUUCCUUCGGUGUGGUGUGCAAGACAAAACCCAGUUGUAUUCCUGCAGUAUUUUAGUAAUUUUAUAUUUUAAAUGUUUUGAAACCCAUUUUCAUUGCGUUGCUUUCUAUGUAGUUAAUUAAAACACUAUGCACCUGUGCAUAAUGAAUUUAAUUCUAUGUUCUUAUUUUACUAUGAAUAAAAAAAUAUGUACCUAUGUUAAGAAACUAGGCUCUUUACAUUAAAAUACAGUGGUGAUAGAUUAUUCCAAUUAUCAUAUUAUUUUUUAAUUUCCGUCUUCAUCGAUUAAGUAUUAAGAGAAGUGGUUAUCCACUUUUGGUGCAAAUUUAUAUACUCUGUUAUGUAUCCAUGAUAAUUAACAUACUUGAAUAGAUCCAUAAAAAAAUUUUUAAUCGAACAAUUUUAACAAGAUAAAAUAAAUUUUCUCUGAGCAGGAUUUUGGACUUAAAUCAUAACUUGUGACCAGGACAGACCUUCAGGGUAUGGGCAUGUUAUGUUUACCAGACUUGAUAAUAAAAAGCACUGGGAUUUAAAAAAAACUAAACAUGUAAUACCUAAGGGGAAAAUUAUAAUUUACUACUUUUAUAUUCGUCUCCACCAUUUAUACAUGUAUCAAGCCAUAAGCAUUUUCUAGUUUCUGUAUUUCACAAGUGAAUUUUUUGCAGUAUGAGUUGUGUAUGUUAUGGAUGCUAUUUUUAAUUCAGAAACAUGCGAAAACAGUAAUUAUGAGCACACUGAAAUACAUCAUUAUCCUCAGGCAAGCUGUUAGUCAAAUUUAUUUUACAAAAUAUAUGUCUUAUUACAGAACUGCUGGUUUAUCAUUUAUCAGUAUUGCUGACAAAAAGUAUUUAAAACUAAAUUUGUUUUUACCAUUUCUAAAUUACUGAUCAGAAGGUCCAUAUAACAUUGAUUUCUAAAUAACAUUUGUAUGUGAAAGACAAUAAAUUAGCUGUCAAUGUUUAUACAUUUUUGAGGUUAUUCUUGUAACCUUGUGCUGUAUUAAUUAAUAUAAAUAGCUUGGUUUCUGUGCUGACUGAUACACCGUAAGUUACAUUGGGUAUUAGUAAGAUUUAAUAGGUAUGUACAUGUAUUAAUAACUAAUACUUGACAGAGGAUAUGUAUUUGUCACCAAAAUAAUGGAACCAAUUCUCAUUAUUUCAUUUACCCAAAUAAUGAAGUCCCAAGUCCCAACAACGCAUAUGGUAUUAAAAUUUUAGAAUGGGGUUUUGAUUUCACUUAAGCUUUAAAGUUUAAAGUGAUCUUGUACCCUUUUUUAUUUUUUAGCAUUUAUGGUAUUGUUAAUGAUCCACUUGAGAAGUAUCGAUUGGUGUAUUUUAAGGAUUCUCAAUGAUAAUUUUUAGAAUUGUUAAUAAUCCACUUGACAACUAUCGAUUGGUGUAUUCAUAAUCAUGUAAAUUUACAGUUGUUUUAAAUUACAUUUUUUUUUAAAACACAUUUUACUCUGUUGAUGUUACAGUGGAUUUUGUUGCAGUAGCCACUAUUCUGGCUUGAUAACGGUGUAUUGUCCCCACAUGUUUGUAAUAAACCUCUAUAAUGGGUAAACAGUGAAAGUUCGGUAAUUGUGUUAAUUGUGAACGACAGUUAAAUUUUGUUGUUUUUGUUAUGAAAUCUUGAAUUCAUUUACCAUGGUGAUCUCAGCUGAUUUAAGUUACUUGUUUGAAUCGUUAAACCAAUCAGAUUGCUUUGUAUUACAUCCAUAUAUACACUGGUUGAUACACAUUGUUGAAUAGCCUAGUCAUUGUAAUUGGUUACAUUUAUAAUGUAGUUGCAAAGCAAUAGUCUCUGCAUGCAAAAUUGUAAUGCUGACUGUAUCACCUCAAUAAUAUCUUUAUUCUGAUGCACAAAACGUUUGUAACAUUUUAAACACCACCUAUACUAAUUUAAAGAAUAAAAGAAGAAACAACACUGACAUUUAACUCAAUUGUUUUCAUUCACAUUAUAUAUGUGGACUCGAUAACUUGUAGUAACCUUUCUUUAUUCUUUUUUUUUAAGACAUUCAUUGACUAUUGCUUUGUAGUAUAUUUAUACAGUACCAUGGUUUUGGCAUUAAUAAAACUGCACCAGUCUUAACCUUUUUAUGAAAUGUAGGCCAGUGGUAAUUUACAUUAAGAAGUAAAGAAAAACCUGUCACGAUGCAUUUGUUGCAUAUCAUACAUAAGAUAAUGAGAAAUUGCAUUCACGAGCGGGUGUGUGUAAAGCUUAAAGGUGGUUGGUCUUCUAAAAAGUGAUAAGACUGCUGUGUCUGUUUAUUUAGCUUUUGUAAUGUUUUCCUGUGUACACUUGUCAACUGUGCAUGUUUGCUUAGCAUUCAUUUAGUCAUUUAAUAAUUUUUUAAAAAUCAUUACAGGUCUGCUUAAAUUAAAACCACACCUUUCUUACUUUGGUAUUCAUUUUGAUUAGUUAUAUUGGCCAAACACUAAUAGGCCUUCUGCAUCUAAUACAAAGUCAGUAUUUUUAAAAGGGCAAGUUUGUUUUAGUGAAUUCCAGAUUAUUCACUACAGUUGGUUAAUAUAGAUCAACAUGACUGAAGUACAUCUGGAUUCAUUAUGUCUGUAAAACUUUAGUGUAGCCUCCAUACUUAAAACUUAUAUUGUGACAUCACAUCUGAUUAGCAGCGAUUGGUGUUGCUAUGAUGUUAAUAUUUUUUUAUGUUUUAAGUGUUUAGUUUCUUAUAUUUUGUUUCUAAAAUCAACGUACUAUAAGUCCUGUAAUAUUUUUUACAAACAUUUUAUAAUUUGUUUUAACUAUUACUGCAGAAUUCAAGUAUUUACAGCUACUCCAACCUUAAGACAGUUAUGUAGGCCCAUACUGUUAAAACUUGAGACAAAUGCUGUCACAUUCAAAUUUAUUUGGUGUUGCUAUUACAUUAAAAUUUCGGCUUCUGUUAAUCUUGACACUAAAAGUUUUUUAAGCACAGGGCCAGCAGUGUCCCUGAAUAUUUUAGUCUCGUCCUUAUUAAGCCAUUCAAUAUUACACUGAUGUAAUAAACAUGAUAUGUAAUAGUAAUAGGCCUCGUUGCCAUAGAAAAAUCUAGCAAACAUGCACAGAAUGUGAAACUGCCAUACAAUGUUUUUGAUAUUAGCACAAUGUGUUCUUUAGGAAGCAUGCUGUUUUGCAUCAAUAUUUUAUAUAACAAUGUAGAAGAUACUAUAUUGUUGACAAAAGACAGCUGUUUCCUGUAAACAAAGCCAAAGUUGAUGAUACGAUGUUUAUUAAGGUGCAAUACAUAUUUGCUGAAAACUGCCUAUGAAAUUGAAAUGUUAUGUGAAGUGUCUUUGACAAAACUGUUUAAGCCAAAUGACAUGGCUUCCAUGUAGUAAUCAUCUAGACAAAAUCAUUUCAUAUGAAUGAUUUGAUGGCAUUAUUACACCAGAGGAGUUAAAGAUUUGUAACCAGUGAAAACCAUUUUUUAAGAAUGUGGAGUGAUUGUUUAUUGUGCCCUUUCUAAAAUUGAUAAAGAGUUCCACUUUAAUGGAAUGGAGGCUAGCACAUGGUCUCUUUAUGGAAGAGCAAAUAUCUAUGGACUGUGUUGAUUAUAUUUUUGCACAUCUAACAGUAAACAAUAUAGAACAGUUAUAGUAAACUGAAUUUGAUUCUCAUAACUAGGCAAUUUGUCCAUCCAUUGUGCAGGACUGUAUUUCCACUUGCAUUACUAGUGGUGUACUUCAUAUUGCUUUGUGAUUGUCAUUGCAAAGUAUAUCAUAAAGUGAUCAUACAGAGCCGAUUUGAAAUAGUUUUUUUUUUAAACAAAACUCUUUCUAGUGCCAAUUUUGUAGAUAUGGUGGAUCUCCUAGCUAAAAAAAAAAAUGGGUGCCAUUAUCAAAUUUCAAAUUGGUCUGUUUUAGACCAUUUGAACAACAAUGUAAAAAUACAAGAUACUUAGCCAAUUGCUUUUGAUGGUUUACUUCAGGAAAUCUUUUGUUAUUGUUAGGUCCACUUGAUGCAAUAUAUUUGUUUUGUUUUCUGUUAAAAUCAUUUAUUAUAUUGUGCAUUAUGAAGUCAAAUUGAUCUCAAGCAAAAUUAAUUAUGGUUAAAAAUGCAAGAUCAUGAUAUAAACUAUAAAGUGACUUAGACAUUAAGUGACCUUGUUAUUACUGUAUGUUAAUUUUUUUUAACACAUUCUUUCUCAAUAAAGCAUAUACGCUUGUCACUAUUCAAUCAACCGUGUUUACAUCCAUUUAAAAUGUUAUCCUAAUUAGUAAUAAUAAACAAACGUAAGUGAAGUAUCUUUACGUUAAUGUUAUACUUUGUGCAGAUUAUUAAAUGUUGCCAGCUUGUUUUUCUAAUGUGUUAGGUCUGCACCAUUCCCACACAAUGGUGUUUUUACAUCUGUGCAAUAACGCACAACUUGCUGCUGUAAUAGAAUUGUUUUUGUGGGAGCAAGUGUUCUCGGUAGUGUACAUUUGUACAUAACAAAAAACCAAAUAAAAAAAUUUAAAAAAUA